AUGGCCGAUAUUUCUGAAGUGUGUUCCUUCUCUAGCGAUGGAGAGUCUCUAGCAAUUGCUGGACUGGAUGGAGAGGUGAAGAUUUGGGAUAGCACUUCAGGAAAUUUGAAGCAACGCUUCAAUCCGUCCUCUGUGGGCAGUGAGAUACGGGCAUUGGGUUGGUCUAGACCAGUGAAGGAGAAACGAAAGAGAAAGAGCUCCACUCCUAGUCAAUCCCUCUUGGCCGUUGCUGUUGGCAAGGACAUCGUUAUAUGGAAUGUAACUAAAGGAGAGAAAGAAGUCACUUUGAGUUCCCAUGGUGAUAUUGUAACCGGCGUGAGUUGGGGAAAGAAAGUGCUCUACUCUGGGUCACAUGACAGUCAUGUGAUUGAGUGGGACUUGGUUGAGGGUACUGCUCAACAUAAAUGGAAGGCAGAUCGUCAUGCUGUAACUUUUGUUUGUUGCCAUAGUAAUGAUGAGAUUAUCCUCAGUGCUGGUCGCAGUAUUAAGAUGUGGAACCUCUCGGACUACACCAUGCUGCAGAAAUUCACUGGGCACAGCACUGACAUAUCCUGGCUAAAGUUUGCUGGUGAGGACACCUUUAUGUCGGCUGCUAUCAAUGACAGGAACGUCAACCUUUGGAGAUUCUCAACGAAGUCUCGUAAAGCAGUGGGUACAAUAUCAUGUGAUGAGGAGAUCAAGUCAUGUGAUCUACGAGUCAGCAAAUCAGAUGAUACUGUGGAAGUAGCCGCUGUAUCUGUUGAGGGAACGUGUCACUUGUUUAAAUUAUCACUGACAGAUCAGACUACAGAAGCAGUCACGGCAUUUUCAUCAGUACAGUUUGUUACAGAAGCUACAAAAGAAUCUACCCCCACUCCCCUCCCUGUCCUUACCACCCACCUCUCCACUACCCUCACACUGGCACACACCUCACACAUCCGCCCCCAUUUUGAGACAUUGGAUUUUGACCAAUCAGAACGCAGUGUGUGUUUGAUACGAGAAGGUUCAUCUAGUGGGUUAUUGUUGGGUCAGCAGUCCACAAAGAGGUCAAAGGUCACAGACAGCACAGUCACUAUACUAGGACCAGAAAAUAUGACCGUAAAAACUACACAUGCUAAAAAAUCCACCAAUCCGAUUGAAGAUAGUAUUCCACUCAGCGAUCGGCUUGAACCAGUUUCAAAACAGAAAUCAUCUAGCCUCCCCACAUCAGAAUCACUGACUCAGCUGUUGACACAGGCAGUUGCUAGUGGUGAUGGAAAGUUAUUGGAGGAGGUGCUACGAGUGCACAAGGAGAAGAUUAUCAGGGCAACCAUACGAAGACUACCAGUCACUGUUGUACUGCCAUUCCUUAGAAAGCUGAUUGAGAUGCUCCAGCUUCAGCCUGGGCGUGGCCUGGAGCUGAGUCUGUGGAUACGAACCAUCCUUACCACUCACACUGCCUACCUCAUGACUGUCCCACACUUAGUUGAUUCACUGAGUGGUCUCUAUCAACUACUAGAUGCUCGAGUUGGAACUUUUAGUCGUCUUUCUCGCAUCCAAGGGAAGCUGGACCUCAUGCUCACCCAGGCUGCUGCUGUUGACAACUCUGAGCAAGACCACGCCCAGUUGACCACUCCCCUUGUCACUGUUACUGUAGGAGAAAACUCAGUUGGACCAGCAGCUCAUCAACACGACACAGAAUCUUCAGAUGACGACUGGAGCGCGAGCAGUGGCAGUGAGAGCAGCUUGUCCGAAGAAGCCAUCCAAUCAGAUCACAGCUCUGUUGCUAUGGAAACUGAGCAUUCAGCUAGCAUGGAGUUUAUUAGAUAGGUAUUAUAUAGAACAUAAAUUUAUCAUUAUUUUUGCAUAAUUAUUGUACCAUAUUAUGUGAAAAUAUCUGUCUGCAAAAUACAAUGUAUACGUUUA